AUGUCUCUCUUCCCACGCUUCUCUCAGGACUUCGCUCCCAUCUUCCGUCUCUUCGACGAGUACGACCGCCAGGCCUUCCGCGAUGUCGACCGCCAAUUCCAGAACAUCCGCUCCUUCACACCAAAAUUUGACGUAAAGGAGACCAAGGAGGCUUACGAGCUACACGGCGAGCUCCCUGGCAUUGACCAGAAGAACAUCAAUAUCGAAUGGACCGACAACAACACGCUUCAGAUUUCCGGCAAGCACGAGCAUGUCCGUGAAGAGGGUCAACGCCCCACCGCCAUUGAGGCCAGAGAAGGACAGAAGAAGCUUGAGUCCAACAAGGACGAGAAACAUCAGCCCACCGUCGAGGACGAGUCCGCCGACUCCGCGAACAAGGACACGCAGGUCGCCAAGCAGUCUGAGCAGCAGGACGUUGCGAAACAGGAGCCCAAGCACAAGUACUGGGUCAGCGAGCGAUCUGUGGGUUCGUUUCACCGCAGCUUCGCAUUCCCUGCCCGCGUCGAUCAGGACGCUGUCAAGGCUAGCCUGAAGAACGGUAUCUUGAGUAUUGUGGUGCCUAAAGCUAGUGCGCCGCAGUCGAGGAAGGUCAACAUCGAGUAG